AUGUUUUGCCAGGGCUGCUCCGCUUUCGGCCCUUUCUGGGAGCACUACCUUCAGUACUGGAAAGAGAGCUCGGCGAGGCCACGAGAGGUGUUGUUUCUCAGGUACGAAGAGCUGGUGUCUGAUCCGCUCGAGGUUGUCAGGAAGCUCGCGAGCUUCCUUGGUGUCCCCUUCACUCAGGAGGAGGAUGGUGGAGUUGCCCAGCAGGUUGUGAGCUUCUGCAGCUUCGAUUCACUUCGCAACUUAGACGCUAACAAAGCAGGUGGCGUUGAGCGUGCAGGGGGCAAGGUUUUCAUCCAGUUCUCUUCACUGUUUAGGAAAGGGAAGGUCGGGGACUGGGCCAACCACAUGAGCAAGGAGAUGGCAGAAAAAAUGGAUCGCCUCGUGGAGGACAAGUUCAAAGGAUCCGGUCUAGUGUUCUGA